CUCGCGCACAGUCCACCCUCACCCGCCUGUCAGCCAUGUUGUUCGUGUGACCCAGCUGUCAGCAACAGGUCCAGUUUACUAAACUAGACAUUCUUCUCGGAAUUACAUCAUUUUGCCAAUACGAGACGACUGCAUAACGCCAGGGAGACAUUCACUGGGGACAGAAAAGAGGAGAAAGUAGAUGUUUUUUUGCCCCAUGAUGGUGAGAGAUGACUGCGAGCUAGCCGGCUGAGUAGAAGAACGGGAGUCCCCCCUGCCCCCUCUGCCACCUGCAGCCAUGAAUGGCGGCCGCAGUGUGUGGGCGAUCUCUCCAGAAGAGCGGGACAAACAUGACAAACAGUUUGACACCCUCUCUCCCGUCAUGGGCUACGUCUCAGGGGAGCAGGCCAGAAAGUUCUUCCUGCAGUCGGGUCUGCCCUCCUCAGUGCUGGCAGAGAUAUGGGCCCUGGCUGACAUGAAUAAGGAUGGGAAGAUGGACAGGUUGGAGUUCUCCAUCGCUAUGAAGCUCAUUAAGCUCAAACUUCAGGGCACACCCCUUCCCUCAUCUCUACCAAUCAUCAUGAAGCAGCCACCAGUGCCCGCCCCUAACCCUGCCUCAACAGGCGUCAUGUCCUCCUCACGCUAUGGAAUGGGCUCCAUGCCAAACCUGUCUAUAAUGCCCGGAGCCAUCGGCAUGCUCACCCCCAUUCCCAUGACAUCUAACUUCUCAACCAUGACCCCUAACUUCUCACCCAUGACCCCUGUGACUGGCCUCACUCCUAUGGUCCCAAUGACAGCAGGCAUGGUCCCCCUGGUUUCCACGUCAACAAUGCCCCUGCUGCCAUCCCUGGGCAGCCCCGCUCUCCCCAAUGGCACUAUGGGUAUCCUACAGCACCUCCCAACAGGACACAUGGGGACAGGCAUGCCUCUCUCUGCGCCCUACGCCUCCUCUCCUCUGGGUUUCUCUCCUGGGAUGAACAAAGCUACGUCACUGCUGGACCUAGGCUCAAGCAGCUCCAACUCUUCGUCCACCACCUCCCUGGCAGGUAGUUCUCCUAAGACGGCUCCGUCUGACUGGGCCGUGCCUCAGGCCUCGCGCCUCAAAUACAGACAGCAGUUCAACAGCCUCGACAAAAACAUGACGGGAUACCUUACAGGUCAGCAGGUGAGGAAUGCUAUGGCAACCACUCUGCUCACUCAGACACAGCUGGCAACCAUCUGGACCCUGGCCGAUGUGGAUAAGGAUGGGAAGCUAAGGGGAGAGGAGUUUAUUCUGGCCAUGCAUUUAGUGGACAUGGCCAAGACCGGCCAACCCUUACCUCUCACACUACCCACAGAACUAAUACCACCAUCACAGAGGGGUGCUGUGAAUGGGACCGGUUUAUCUCUCUAUGCUGGCAUCACUGAAGAACUGGAGGCUGAGCCACCACAGAAAACCAAAAGCAACUUAUCGUUUGAGGAUAGGUUCAAGGCCAACCUGGAGCGAGGGAACGCGGAGCUGGAGAAAAGAAGACAGGCUCUGCAGGACGCACAGAGGAGAGAGGAGGAGAGACGCCAGCAGAAGGAGAGAGAGGAGCGAGAGAGGAGAGAGAGGGAGGCCAGGGAGCAGGAGGAGAGGAGGAGGAAGGAGGAGGAGAGGAGGCUGGAGCGGCAGAGGGAGCUGGAGAGACAGAAAGAGGAGGAGAGGCUAAAGGAGAUGGAGAGAAAAGAGGCGGUGCAGCGUGAGUUGGAGCGCCAGAGGAAGGAGGAGUGGGAGAGGAGGAGGAGAGGAGAGCUGCAGAGCCAGAAAAGUCAGGAGCAGGAGGACAUCGGCAGACUAAAGGCCAGGAAGAGCAACCUGGAGAUGGAGCUGGAGGCUGUGGGUAACAAACACAGGCAGAUCUCCGAGCGGCUGCAUGAUGCUCAGAGCAAGAGGAAGGUGCAGCGGAGCGAGCUGGAGCUGACCAACCAGAGAAGAGACACAAGCAGACAGGACAUCAACUCCCUGCAGAGACAACUAGAGGAGUACCAGAGGAAGCUGUCCCAGCUGACUCCAGAACAGCAGAGGCUCAGUGACAAACUUAGGAACAUGGCCCUCAACAACCUGCCAGUCUCCACCAUGUCCACGCUGAAGCAAAGUGCCAGCGAGAAGGACGGAGUGUGUCGUAAACUGAAGCAGCAGCUGGAUGCUCUGGAGAAAGAGACGGCCGCUAAACUGGCCGACAUGGACCAGUACCAGAACGACAUACAGGAUCUGAGAGAGAGCCAGUGGAAGCAGCAGUCGGCUCUGGAUAAACUACGAAGCAUCAAAGAGGACAAACGGAGAGAACUGGAGAGACAGAGGGCGCAGGAGGAGGAGAGGAAGAGGAGGGAGGAGGAGGAGGCCCAAAGGCGUAUUAAGCUGGAGAAGGAGCGUCAGUGGCAGAAGAAGCUGCAGAGAGAGGAGGAGGAGAGAGAGAGGAGGUUGCAGGAAGAGAGGGAGGCCAAACUGAGAGAGGAGGAGGAGAAGGAGACACAGGCCCGCCUCUUAGCUGCUAAAGAACAGGCAGAACGAGAACGCAGAGCGGAGGAGAGGAGAGAGCAGGAGAGGAGAAUGCAGGAGGAGAGGAGAAGACUGGAGGAAGAGGAGAGGAAGAUGGAGGAGGAGAGAAGGAAACAGGAGGAGGAGAGGAAGAGAAAGGAUGAGGAGAGGCGAGAGGAAGAGAGGAGGCGGCAGGAGGAGCGGAAGAAGCAAGAAGAGGAGGAUCGGCGCAGAAGAGAGGAGGAGAGGAAGAGGUUAGAGGAGGAGAUGAUGGAGAGAGAGAAGGAGGAAGAGGAGAGGAGGCGGCAGCGGGCUGCAGAAGCAGCGAUCCGAGACGCAGAGGAGAGGAAGAGAGUGGAGGAGGAGAGGAAGAGGAAGGAGGAGGAGAGGAGAAGGCAGGAAGAGGUGGAGAGGAAGAGGCGUGAGGAGGACAGGAAGAGAGUGGAGGAGGAGAGGAAGAGGAAGGAGGAGGAGAGGAGGAGGCAGGAAGAGGUGGAGAGGAAGAGGCGCGAGGAGGACAGGAAGAGAACCAACAUCCAUGACAAACUGUCAGCCCUUCUCAGAGGACUAGAGGAGAGGAAAGGCGGUCUGCAGCCCCAGGCCAUGGAGCACAGGAAGUCUGCGGCGCUCACUUCCUUCCGGGCGCUCUACCCCUUCACCGCUCGCAACCAGGACGAACUCAGCUUCGAGGCCGAUGAACUCAUCGAGGUGGAUGAGAGUAUGGAGCGGGAGCAGGGUUGGCUGUAUGGCAGUCGGCAGGGGAAGAUGGGCUGGUUCCCAGAGAGCUAUGUGGAGAGACAGGCCAAACCAGAGACACCUGCUACUGCUGUUAUUAAUACAACUCUAGCUGCCACUACCACUGCUGUUGCUACCACUGCUGUUUAUGCUACUGUUGCUAAACAGGCCCCCAGACCACAACUCUCCACCCCCAAACACACAGGGAAACCCGGGGGAGACGCUGCCAUGCCAACGGGACAGAACUCCGCCUUCACACCUACACACGCCCCUCACCACGCCCCCUUGGAUCAGAUACAGGUGGUGGGUAGCCUGCAGGCCCAGGCUCUGUGUUCGUGGACCGCUAAGACAGAGAGCCAUCUGAACUUCAGUAAGGAUGAUGUGAUCUGGGUGCUGGAGCAGCAGGAGAGCUGGUGGCUGGGGGAGCUCAACGGGGUGCAAGGCUGGUUCCCCAAAACAUAUGUCAAACUCCUGGGAGACAAUGAAGACACCACCAACUCGAUCAAUUCCCCUCCUGAUGGAUCUGAAGCCACAGAUGCUGCUCAACAGGAAGAGUACGUGGCGCUGUACACCUAUGAGAGCCCAGAGCCUGGUGACCUGACAUUUAGGGAGGGUGAUGUCAUCCUGGUGACCCAGAGAGAGGGAGAGUGGUGGAGCGGAGGCAUCGGAGACCGCACCGGGGUGUUCCCUUCUAACUACGUCAAACCCAAAGAGACAGACACAUCCAGCAACUCUGGGAAAUCAGGUCAGCCUGGGAAGAAACCAGAGAUAGCCCAGGUGAGCACAGCCUACACGGCCACAGGGACAGAACAGCUCAGCCUGGCGCCAGGACAGCUUAUCCUCAUCCUCAGCAAGAACGCCACCGGCUGGUGGCUCGGAGAACUGCAGGCGCGGGGAAAGAAGCGUCAGAAGGGUUGGUUUCCUGCCUCGCACGUCAAAAUGCUGGGAUCCAACAGCGGCAAGUCCACGCCAGCACCUCUACCAGUGUGUCAGGUCAUUGCCAUGUACGACUAUAAGGCAGCUAACGAGGACGAGAUGAGCUUCUCCAAGGGUCAACUGAUCAGUGUGUUCGACAAGAACGACCCCGAUUGGUGGAAAGGGGAGGUCAACGGGGUCACCGGUCUGUUCCCAACCAAUUACGUCAAGAUGACCACCGCCGACACCGACCCCAGCCAGCAAUGGUGUGCUGACCUGAACAGUCUAGACUCUAUGACUCCCCAGGAGAGGAAGAGACAGGGUUACAUCCACGAGCUCCUCCAGACAGAAGAGAGAUAUGUAGAGGACCUACAGAUAGUCAUGGAGGUGUUCCAUAAACCCAUGUCUGAGUCGGGCCGUCUGACAGAGGCAGAGAUGGCCAUGAUCUUUGUCAACUGGAAGGAGCUCAUCGCCUGUAACACCAAACUGCUAAAGGCUCUGCAUGUGCGUAAGAAGACUGGGGGUGAGAAGAUGCCUGUCCAGGUGAUCGGGGACAUCUUGGCGUCAGAGCUGGCUCACCUCCAGCCAUACAUCCGGUUCUGCUCCUGUCAACUAAACGGAGCUGCUCUGCUGCAGAGCAGGACUGACAACCAACAGGACUUUAAAGACUUCCUCAAGAAAAUCGCCACAGACUACCGCUGUAAAGGCAUGCCCUUAUCCAGCUUCCUGCUGAAGCCCAUGCAGAGGAUCACACGCUACCCUCUACACAUCAAAAACAUCCUGGAGAGUACCCAGGAGGGCCAUGUGGACCGCGGCCCCCUGAGAGAGGCUUUGGAGCGGGCUGAGGAGCUGUGUUCUCAGGUCAACGAGGGAGUCAGGGAGAAGGAGAAUUCUGACAGGCUGGAGUGGAUGCAGUCACACGUACAGUGUGAGGGAGUCACAGAGAACUUGGUGUUUAACUCUCUGACUAACUGCCUGGGGCCCCGUAAACUGCUCCACAGUGGUAAGGUGUACAAGAUUAAGAGCAAUAAGGAGCUGUGGGCCUUCCUCUUUAACGACUUCCUACUGCUCACCCACGCUGCCAAACAGUUCAGCUCCUCGGGACCAGACAGACUCUUCAGCAACAAGAACAACACACAGCUCAAGAUGUAUAAACCGCCGGUGUUCCUCAACGAGGUUCUAGUGAAGUUGCCUGACCCCUCCAGUGAAGAGCCCUUCUUCCACAUCUCCCACAUCGACCGAGUCUACAGCCUCAAGACCGAGAACAUCAACGAGAGGACGGCCUGGGUGCAGAAGAUCAAAGCUGCCUCGGAGGACUUCUUAGAGACAGAUAAGAAGAAGAGGGAGAAGGCCUACCAAGCUCGUUCCCUGAAGGCCAGUGGAAUCGGCCGGCUGUUAGUCACCAUCCUGGAGGCCACUGAACUCAAGUCCUGCAAACCCAACGGUAAGAGUAACCCUUACUGCGAGGUAACCAUGGGAGCUCAGAUCUACACCUCUAGGACCCUCAGUGACACGGUCAACCCCAAGUGGAACUUCAACUGUCAGUUCAACAUCAGAGAUUUGUACCAGGACGUCCUCUGCAUCACCAUCUUCGAGAAGGACCAGUUCUCCCCUGACGACUUCCUGGGUCGUACGGAGGUUCCCGUGGCGACCAUAAAGAAGGAGUUGGAGAACAAGGGUCCAGCGACGCGCCGGCUGCUCCUGCACGAGGUCCCCACUGGAGAGGUUUGGGUCCGCCUCGACCUGCAGCUCUUUCAAAACAGAGCGUCCAAAUAAGGACCUCUGGGCCAACACUGGACGUCCAAAUAAAAACGUCCUGCAGCGCUUCCAAACAAAGGACGCCCAAAUAAGGACGUCCUGUUCUGCAGCCACACUGGAGGGCCUUGGUAGAAAUUGUACGUAACUGCUGGUCCAGGGUCUGAUAUUGUUAAUCUUCCUAAUGGUUAAGUUUGGGGUUGCCUGAUCCUAGAUCUGUGGUUAGGCCAGGGCUAACUUUUACCUGGAGCUGCCAAUUUAUCACCCGAUGAGCUAAUGGGAACCCUCCCUCCUCGUCUGAGGUCAGACGGUCGGUCCUAAGCACUGAUCUGAAGACAGUUUAGCCUUUUAGGCAUGACUGGGGGAGGGCAGGGUUGGGUUAGUGUAAAGCUGAUCCGUGUGUUUAGGAGCAGCUUCUAGCAGUAGUGGUUCUACUUGAACCAGCACAAACACUUAUGGCCUAUACACUCCUCUGCUACUGACUCUCACUCUGCCAAGGAUGCUUGUUGUGAACUCAACCCAGGCCAAUGUUUGUUGAAACUAUUUAUUUCAUUACAGAUCAUCUUAACUCUUCAGUAAAUAUUUGUUAAAGCUAAGAUUUUGUUUGGGAAAGUAAUAUGAGGUAAAAUGGAGAGAGGUUAGAAAAGUGUGGUGCUUUUUGCCAUGAUAGUUUACCACUGGACAUGAGACUUAUCUCAGGACUUAAGUGUUUUUCCUUUUGCUGUCAAAGUCUAUAUUACUGUAUCAAAACCUGCGUCUUUUAUUUUAUCUCAAUCUGUUUCUUUUUCUCCCUUAUGAGUGUAGUAACAUUAAAGAUACAUGUGCAGAGGA